AUGGAACGUGUCACACUCCUCUCAGAAGACAGGAAGAUGGAUAUGGAAUACAUGACAGCAUCUUCAGCGGGCGGCACAUCUCCGGGCCGACAUGCAGAGAAGCACCCUAAGAAGAAGAUGCCAUGUUCCUGUUUGGCGGUGAAGCAGGAAGUUGGCCUGCUGUCAAACCAGGAGCUUCUGCUGCAGGUCCUGAUGGAUCUGACGCCGCCGGAGCUCAGCAGGUUCCAGUGGCUCCUCACCCGUAAGGUUCUGCACAACUUUGCUCCCAUCCCUCCACACUGGCUGAGCUCAGCCGACGCCUGGAAAACCACCGAGACCCUGCUGAGGUGCUACCAGGAGGAUGGAGCGCUGAGGCUGGCGGCGGAGAUCCUGAGGAUGAUGGGCUGCGCCGAUCAGGUUGAUGAACUCUGCAAUCGAUGCUGCCGGACGCCGGUUCCUUCAUGGCCCGCGACAAAUCCAAAACCCAGAGCGAACUGUGUGGAGGCGCUGCGGCGGCAGCUGAUCGACGGGAUGCAGCACGCGGCGGACGUCCUGGACGCUCUGCACGCACACGGACUUCUGGGUGAGGCGGAGACAGAGGCUAUCAGCAUCUACGCCGCCAGGAGGGAUAAGAACCGGGCGCUGGUGGACAUGGUGCUGAGGAAAGGUGCCCGAGCCCAGCAAAUGUUCUACCAGGCCCUCAGCCAAUCAGAGCCCUUCUUACUGGAGGAGCUGGACUCCAUCUCCAAGAGGCAGCCGAUGCCCGUUCACGUCGGGCAGCUGGAGGUGGACUUGGUUUCGGACGAGCAGAUGCUUUUGCACUGGCUGGUCAGUCAGGAGACGCGAGGAAGAGGCGCCCCUGCAGAGCUGGCGGAGGCCGUCGCUCUGGACUUCCUGCUGAGCAUCGUCCCGCCGCCGAGUCUGGGCCUGCAGGGCAAAGCAUCAUGGGUAAACACCAGCUGUGAGGACGGAGCAGAGCCGCAUGCGGACACGACGCUGACUGAGAUUACACCUGAAGUCCACGAGGAGGGCGGCCUGUACAGGCUGCGCUGUCCGCAUGCCGGAGCGUUUCGCUGCAAGCUGACCGGGUUGGUGUUGGAAGGCGACGGUGAUGUCACCUACCAGACGGUUCCCUGGGACAGGAAGUUCCUCGCCAGGAAAGGCUGGCAGCCGGCGGGACCUCUAGUCAGGUUCACCUGCCUGAGAGGAACGUUCCACCGCCUGCACCUGCCGCACUGCCAGAUCCUCUCUGACGGCGGGCAGGACCUGCUGUUUGUGGCCCACGUGACGGAGGACCGGGUCGACUUCAUCCGGCCUCAGAGGGUAACCGACAAGAACGUGGUCAUCAGCAUAUCCGGAUUCUCCAGCUUCGGUCUGGUCAGGAGAACCGAGUCGGCGGAGUCCAACGGUCCCAUCAACGGCAUGGUGCUGCUGUUCCACCAGCCGUCGGACGACCCGGAGCUCUACGCCUCGCUGUAUGUUGUGCUGCUGCCCAGGAACGCCCUGAUCCCUCAGGUGACACGGGAGUGGAGGAAGAGGAGCGGGGCCCAGUAUGUUGAAGCUCUUCCAGACUGCGAGCUGAUCCCAAAUCAGACGUACAGACUGUCUGGGAGUCCCGUCCAGCUGAUCCAGCCUGAGAAUGCAAAGUUUCUGAACUUUGAGGACUAUGACAACUACACGGCGUCAUUCGAGGUCCAGCUCGCCGUCGAUGUGAGGAAGCUGCAGCUGGAGCUGCGGCUCAGCCACUCGGGCCCGGCGUGGCUGCCCAGCUGGCUGUUCGGCUCGCACGAGUCCUCGGUGUGGAGCCGGGUGGUCACACUCAGAGCGGCUGCAGCUGCAGGCGGUGCAGAAGGGAAGUUGGAGAUGACAGAGACUCUGCUGGAGACCCUGAACUCCCUGCCGACCAAGGAGCUGGAAACCUUCCAGCGGCACCUGAGCCAGCGGCCGGACCCGCUGCCCGUCAGCGCGCUGGAGGGCGCCGACAGCAUGGCCACCGUCCACAAACUCAUCCAGAAAUACCACGCCGACGGGGCUAGGGACGUGGCUGUCGAGGUGCUGAGAAAGAUGCAUUACAACACUCUGGCCAGUGAUCUGCAGAGGAAGUGACUGAGCAAUGGGCAAAUCCCAGCAUGCAUCAUGGUGGCGGUGGCGGCGGCUUGCUGCGGCAGAGCGGAGCCUGGCUUC